AUGGAGUUGUGGAUGGCUCAGAUUUCGUGCUUGUUGCAGUGUUCUGUGGUUGUACUAGUAGCUGUGGUUGUGGUUGUCGUUGGUUCCGUGGUUGUACUAGUAGCUGUGGUAGUGGUUGUCGUUGGUUCAGUGGAUGUACUAGUAGCAGUGGUUGUGGUUGUCGUUGGUUUAGUGGUCGUGCUGGUAGCUGUGGUUGUGGUUGUCGUUGGUUCGGUGGUUGUACUAGUAGCUGUGGUAGUGGUUGUAGUCGGUUCUGUGGUCGUGCUGGUAGCAGUGGUAGUAGUAGUUGAUGGCUCAGUAGUAGUGCUGGUAGCAGUGGUAGUGGUUGUUGUCAGUUCUGUGGUUGUACUAGUAGCUGUGGUUGUGGUUGUCGUUGGUUCCGUGGUUGUACUAGUAGCUGUGGUAGUGGUUGUCGUUGGUUCAGUGGAUGUACUAGUAGCAGUGGUUGUGGUUGUCGUUGGUUCAGUGGUCGUGCUGGUAGCUGUGGUUGUGGUUGUCGUUGGUUCGGUGGUUGUGCUGGUAGCUGUGGUAGUGGUUGUCGUUGGUUCGGUGGUUGUGCUGGUAGCUGUGGUAGUGGUUGUCGUUGGUUCAGUUGUUGUACUAGUAGCUGUGGUUGUGGUUGUCGUUGGUUCAGUGGUUGUGCUGGUAGCUGUGGUAGUGGUUGUCGUCGGCUCGGUGGUUGUACUAGUAGCUGUGGUAGUGGUUGUCGUUGGUUCAGUGGUCGUGCUGGUAGCAGUGGUAGUAGUAGUUGAUGGCUCAGUAGUAGUGCUGGUAGCAGUGGUAGUGGUUGUUGUCAGUUCUGUGGUCGUGCUAGUAGCGGUAGUAGUGGUUGUCGUUGGUUCAGUGGUUGUGCUAGUAGCUGUGGUUGUGGUUGUCGUCGGUUCCGUGGAUGUACUAGUAGCAGUGGUUGUGGUUGUCGUUGGUUUAGUGGUCGUGCUGGUUGCAGUGGUAGUGGUUGUUGUUGGUUCAGUGGUCGUGCUGGUAGUUGUGGUAGUGGUUGUCGUUGGUUCAGUGGUCGUGCUGGUUGCAGUGGUAGUGGUUGUUGUUGGCUCAGUGGUCGAGCUGGUAGCUGUGGUAGUGGUUGUCGUUGGUUCAGUGGUUGUACUAGUAGCUGUGGUCGUGGUUGUCGUUGGUUCAGUGGUCGUGCUGGUUGCAGUGGUAGUGGUUGUUGUUGGCUCAGUGGUCGUGCUGGUAGCGGUAGUAGUGGUUGUCGUUGGUUCAGUGGUCGUGCUGGUAGCUGUGGUAGUGGUUGUCGUUGGUUCAGUUGUUGUACUAGUAGCAGUGGUUGUGGUUGUCGUUGGUUUAGUGGUCGUGCUGGUUGCAGUGGUAGUGGUUGUUGUUGGCUCAGUGGUCGAGCUGGUAGCUGUGUGGUCGUGCUGGUUGCAGUGGUAG